UUCCUCACUCAUCCAUGUCCAUUAGCAAAGAAACACGAGCAAGAAUGGAGGUUGUGGUCCUCAUCCAUCACCAUCCAGCUUUUAACCUUUUACCUCUCGAAAUUCCCAAAUCCCAUCUCUUCCACAACCCAAUUUCUCCCAGUUUUCCACCACCCCAGUUGGGUUUUUAAAUCUCUGCCACCACCCUUCUGCAUCCUGAUCAUCCAUGGAGGGUGGCAGCAGCAGCGGCGGAGGAGGAGGGGAAGUGAAGCAGAAGGCCGCGGCCAUGGUGAAGAAGGAGCUUGGAGAAGGCGAAGAUGGAGACGGCAAUGAUGAGUUAGUGAAUGGUUCUGAGGAGGAGGAGAAGAAGAAGAGGGCUGCUGCCAAGAAAGGAUCUGGUGGCAGUUCCACGAACUGUUUGAGGAUGUGCCAAGCCGAGAAGUGCACGGCGGAUCUGAGCGACGCCAAGCAGUAUCACCGGCGGCACAGGGUCUGCGAGCUCCACGCCAAGGCCCCGGUUGUCAUGAUUGCCGGAAUUCGCCAGAGGUUUUGCCAGCAAUGCAGCAGGUUCCAUGAAAUCUCAGAAUUUGAUGAAAAUAAGAGAAGUUGCCGGAGGCGACUGGCUGGGCACAAUGAACGUCGUAGGAAGAAUGCAGCUGAUUCUCACGCAGAAGGCUCGAGCAGGAAGGGGACAGGCACCCAGUUAAAAGAACUGGUUUGUGGGCAGGUCGAUGAAAGGGGGAGGAUUCAAGUAACCAUACAAGAGAAUCCAACUUACAAACAUUUCCAGAUCAGAUAAGGCCUAGCUAACUGCUUAAUCUGAAGCGAUGCUGCUGCUCUCUCUCUUCUGUCACCCAAGUGCUUCCGGGAAAGUGUUUGGUGGAGGUGAUAUGGUCAUUACUCUAAACCCUAUAUAUCAGAAAACUAUCCUAGGAAAAGGCACCAUACCAUCUAUCCCAUGGUCCGAGGUUGCUAGCUAUGGCAAUAGAUAUGAACUAUCCACUAUAUGUACUGCCGAUCAACCCUUAUGAUCAUAUAGAGGCUACUUCUUAUACCCUUCUCUUGUAUGCUUAACUUUCUGUUUUAUCUAAUAAAGCUUGUUGAUUAUAUAUAUAA